CCAAAUCCGCUUAUAGCUUCCGAAUCUGGAAUCCUGGUCUAAAAUCUAAACCAAUCCCACCUCUACCAAACAGAGGAUCGACAAAUUCUAGGAACUGUUCUCUCCAAAUAGUAUCAUCUGCACUCAUUUCUCCACCACCUCAAGAUCAACAUUCAACACACAUCCUUUUCAAUAUUUGCCUGUCGCCACCUCUUCUUCUCCAUACUAUAAACCAAGAAACUAUCAGACAAGUGAGACACAUCAUACGACAUCCUCUACCCCCACAUAGACAUAGACAUAGACACUAGCAGACGCACAGAGCAAGAACCCCACUUUCCUAUUUUAGUCCACUCAGCCAAUGCUGCCUUACGCCACCGUUCAAGAGGCGGAAGCGGCCCUUGGGAGAUCCCUUACUGCAGCGGAGACUCUAUGGUUCAAUUACUCCGCCACCAAGUCGGACUACUUCCUCUACUGCCACAACAUCAUUUUCCUCUUCCUCAUUUUCUCUCUUUUCCCCUUCUACUACCUCUUUCUUGAAUAUUUCUUUAAGGGUUCUGUUGGGCCUUACAAAAUUCAACCAAAAGUGAAGAUGUCUUUUUCUGAUACUCUUCGCUGCUACAAAUCGGUUAUGCGCAUGUUUUUCUUAGUUGUCGGCCCCCUUCAACUUGUAUCCUACCCCUCCGUUAAGAUGAUUGGAGUAAGAACAAGCUUGCCAUUGCCUUCACUGUGGGAAAUAGUACUGCAAUUGGGGGUGUAUUUCAUAGUGGAGGACUACACAAACUAUUGGAUCCAUAGAUUUCUGCAUUGCAAGUGGGGUUACGAGAAAAUUCACAAGGUUCAUCAUGAGUACACUGCCCCAAUUGGGUUUGCGGCGCCAUAUGCUCACUGGGCCGAGAUUUUGAUCCUCGGGAUCCCAUCUUUUCUCGGGCCCGCGAUGGUCCCUGGCCAUAUGAUUACAUUCUGGAUGUGGAUUGCUUUGAGGCAGAUUGAGGCUAUUGAGACUCACAGUGGAUAUGACCUCCCUUGGACUCCAACAAAGUAUAUUCCUUUUUACGGUGGUCCAGAUUACCAUGAUUACCAUCACUAUGUUGGUGGACAAAGUCAGAGUAAUUUUGCAUCCGUAUUCACCUAUUGCGAUUACAUUUAUGGCACUGACAAGGGAUACCGCUACCAAAAGAAAGUCCUCGAGCAGUUGCGGGACGGGCUAAAAACCAACGGAGAGCAGAUCAGGGUUCCGCAUGACGUAUCUACACAAGGUCAUAAAGUUGACUGAUUUUGUGAUGAAACAAGCCAUCUCUAGAUAAACGGCCUCCUGUCUGAAGCUUCUUAUUAGCGAAAACUAGCUGAAGUGCUAGGCUUCGAGCCACCUCGUGUGUGUGUGUGUGUGUGUGUGUGUCUUAACAAUCAGUAGCGUUGGAGAAGUUUUCAUGGUAGUGGUGGGGUGUGAGUGGGAAGUAAGCUUCCUUUUCUGAUGCUCUUAUGUAGUCUUGCGUAAGACUUAAUGCUACAGUUUGAGGCUUGUAGUUGCAUUAACCUAAAUCACUGUGAUUGUUAGUUUUGGAAUGAACUCUUUUGUCUGAUUCUACAUUUUGCAAUUAUUAAUAUGGGCUGUAAUGCAUAUGCUAAUUGUAGCUGAUAUAGAUUUCAGAAUUUUGAUUCA